UCCCCCCUCCCCCUUUCAGCCGCCAUUUUGCCCGCCGCCCCGGUAACCAUGGCGAUCACUCCGGGCCAGGUCUUUGCUUCGCUGCUGUCGGACGCGGAGAACGGCAAACGCUGCUGGCCCGAGCGCCGCGGCUCCAAGUCUCCCGUGCCUCCCCCUUCGGCGGAGCGGGAGGUGCAGGUCAGCGCCACGGCCGAGGUGUCGGCGCCUCCGAACCGGGCCCGAAUCUGCAUGCUGGUGGCCAGCCGGAAGGAGGCGGCGGCCGCGGCCAAGAGCAGCGUCACUCGGCGGCUCGAAUACAUCGUGCAGAGCGUCCGGGCACACGGCGUGAGGGAGGACGCUAUUAUAGUGACUAAGGAUUUUCGUCGAAUUGAAAAUGCCUAUCAGAUGGAAGCGGAGGUGUCUGUUAUAUUCAGUGACUUUGGCAAGAUGGAGAGUUGCUGUAACUUACUGGUGGAGAAACUAGAUCGUUCUGUUGUUGUUGGUUCACCUCAAUUCUAUCAUACAACUGAAGCUGUGGAAAAUAUCAGACGGCAGGCAUGUCUUCAAGCAGUUGCGAAUUCUCGACGUAAAGCAUUUGAAGUAUGCCGACUGCUUGGCCAGACUCUCGGCAGACCUUUGAUUGUUCGCGAAGAGGAAAUUAAAGAAACAGAAGGGUCAACCUCUGAAGCACAAGCACCAGACAGUACAAGACCAUUGACUAUACAGCAGCAAAUUAGCAAUGCAUCUGUGACUGUUUGUUCAAAAGUCUAUGUGACUUUUGAACUUAAAUCAAAAGAUAAUGUCAAAAGAAAUAAUUGACUAAGAUCCUUUUGAAUUUACAAUUAAAGCUUUUAAAUAAGGAAACCAGCUGAAUUUUCAGAAAAGGCAAAAGAAUGUUUCAAAUAUGUGCUAAUGCAGAUUUUGGAAAGCAAACUCAAGAUGCUAAUCCAUAAUGGUGCUAAUUUUUGACAUGUUCCUUAGUGUGGAUACAAUGGAUCCAUCAGUCUUGUGCAAAACAAAACCUGCAACUUCUCCUUAUUCAUCUCAUCACCAGUAACCAAAAUAUCAUGGAAUAUCUGUCAACUUGUGGCAAAAAAUGUCUUGGAACAAAAAGUUAUUGACUUUUUUAUUUAUUGAUGCAGCUAUGAGGCAUUUGUUAUUUUUGUGCAACAGUCAAUGUCAUCCGAUCCUUUUCAGCCAUUUCCCUGUCAUUUGAUCUCUUAAUCUUCUUUAUUAUGUUGAUACAAAAUGAGGAAGGAAACUAUUAUUGUUACAGCAUGUCUUUUCAUUUUGUUGAGCUUGUUGGUAUUAUGGAUCCAAAGUAAUGCAGGAUGUAAUUCUCUUGGUUAACUGCAGCAGUAUUAUGCCUGUCGAUGAACACAGUAGAACUUGCAAGAGUGUGUUGAGCACCCAACUAUCAUGGAGGCAUGGUAUGAAGGGAUAUCUGUCCUUCCACUCUUUAGUCCUGGGUAAGUGCUACAGGGGAACCAGUGGUCGAAUUUAUUUUUUUUAAAUUAUUUCUGUCACCCGAGAACCUGCUACCGUCAGGCCCACGUGUCCUUUGGAAGGUGGGUUACCUCAAUUCAUUGGCUGUUUUGGCCUCCAGCUAUGUUAAAUUCCUCCACAGGAACUUUUGAUUUAGGGAGGCCUACGCUCCAUUUCCACAAUUGUCAUUAAACAUGUGGGAAUGGAUGGAAAUUCUGUCACUUAAGGGCCAGGUUUGUAAUCUUAACUUAUGGUGGGUCUAUCAUACCCACAUCCUUAACUAUAUCCAAGCCUUUUCACUGGCAUUUCUCAGAGUUAUAGUAGGAACCUGGCUGUAUAAUUGAGAAAACUUGACUCAUCUUCCCCCAGGUCCCAAAACAUUCCUAGGAAAGCACUGUAGUUUCUAACAAUUUCUGUAAAUAUUCAAAUUCUAGUGUGUUAAAAUGACAUGUUUCUUUGAUUCAAUGUUGUGAACCAAUACAUGUUAGUGACAUGACAGAGUACGUUUAGUCAGAAUGGGAAAGUUAGAAGAUUUCUUAAUAAAACAGUUUAUUUUGCAAAAAAAAAUUUGUCUUAAAAGACAUAGAUCGUUUACAACCUUGCAAAUGUUAAUACUUAGUUUAAAUAAAAACAGAGACCUCAGCAGGUCUGGAGAAAGAAACAAAGGUCACAUUGAGUCUCCAGUACCACCUCCUCCCUCCACAGAUACUGCUCAGUUUCUUGAGCACUUUUUAAAAAAAAAUCAGAUUCCCAGCUUCUGCAGUAUUUAGCUAUUAUUUCAUAUUUAUUUAGUUUCAUCUGUUUGUUGUAAUCUACCACAGUUGCUCAAGUACCCAUUAUUUACACAUGGACCCCUGCUAUGCAAUUUGCUUCUCCAUACAAAGUACUUGGUUAUUAAAAACCUCAGUGACUUGCAUACUUCUGUUUGCACAAGCUCACUUACAUUGUCUGGAUUGCUAAUCUUCAAACAUGUGUGCAGAUCUUUAUUGAUAACUGGAUAACCAGCCUUCCCACAAUUUGGGUACAGAAACCCAAGCUUCCUUCUGUUCUUAUUCUAUACUUAUUUGUGGAUCUUUCUGUUUGGAUCAACAGAUACUCAGCAAGACUGAUUCAUUUUCUCAUUCUGGAGUCAUUAAUGUCAGUUGUUGCUACUGGUUAGAUAAUUAAACUAAAGAAUCAGUUUUCAAUGGGUUGAAAUCCCUGGCAUUGCUUUGAUGAGGCAUGAAUUAACCGUGAAACUUUAAUUGUAGCAAUUUUCCAAGGUCAUUUUCCAGGUCAUUUUCCCCAUAAUGUGUAGCUAUACAACCUGUGGCAGAGAUACUAGAGAUAUCAAAAGAUCUUUUCCUCCAAUUGGUUGAACAUUUCUUGUAAAAGUGUGCUGCAGGGUUUACAAUUGAUCCACUACUACUGCUGCAUUAUGCACAGUAAAACAAGAGAAACACAUUUUGGUCUCCCUAGCACUCAGCACUAAUAUGGAUAAAAUAUGUAAGAUGAUUUCACUUGCAAAAUACUACAAUGCAUUUGCUCCCAACUGCAAAUGGCUGUUAGGUAGACCCACAUAUGUCACUUUUGUCAGUGCGUCUUGAAGGAUCUCCUGCUGAUAUUACAACUGGGAGCUUGUGUAAUUCAAACUGAAAAAUCUAGAGUCGAGUCUGACAUAGGACCUGAUCUGUAUAAUGAUGUGUAACACCAGAUGGUUGUAUUAUCAACUGGGCUAAUAGUGAGAAUUCAGAAAAGCACUUCCUAAAAUCCAGUCUUUGCUAUUGCUCACAGAGGCAAUGAUUUAUGCAUUAAUUAACAAUAAUUAAAGCAGUUGUUCAAGAUGCCCAUUUUUUGCUCAGCAAAGCAGACCAUUUCCCUUGAGAGGAACAAUAACCAGUUCCUUGGCUGUAGUUCAAUGUCUAAAUAUCCAGUGAAAGAGCUGAUUUUUUUUUCUCUCUGAAGGAAUGUGUCUCAAUUACAUAUUCUACACAAUGCUUCAC